CUGCGGCCACCGUUUCUGCGACACCUGCCUGCAGGAGUUCCUCAGCCUGGGCCGGCUCCUGCCCUCACAUAUGCUCCGGCACAAGCUGCGGGACUGCCCCCUCCCCCUCGGCAGUGUACAUACACAUUUACUCUCCUACAGACACAGCCCCAUUGUCUCCGCCACUGCUCUUCCCCGGCCCUCUGGGUUCCAGAUGAGGCCAGCUGAGCCCCCCGAACCCCCACAGCUGACCCACCCUGACUGCCUCGGGGAAGGAGCGGGGGAGGGGGCCGACUGGCCCGAUUCUUUCCACCACCUUCUUGGCCCCCUCUCUGCCCCUCCCCCUCCCGGAAAUCCCCUCUUCCUCUCCCACUCCCACACCCCCUCCCCCCCAUCCUGUCUUCUUCCCUGGGCCUUGGCCUCCACUGCACAGCCUGGAGCAGCCUCUGCCCUGCCUGUCCCUCAUCCCCCAGUGCCUGAGCUGUGUUACUGAGGCUUCUGAACAGGGGAGAGAGGUGGCUGGGUGGGCCCUGCUCCUCACCCGCCACAGUACAAGCACAAGUGAGGGUGUCCACAGCCCUGGCUGGGCCCCAAGCUGCAGGCUAAGCUUCUGCCUGAAGCCUAGGGACUUGCCUCCAUCCCCUCCCUUUCUCCAAAACCACUAAGUCAGCACAUUCCUGAAGCAGCCAAGUGGACCCCCUCCCCCUGGGCCCACCCCUCUUUCCCCACUCUUGCCUGAGCUGUUAGGUUGGCCCAGGAAGGCUGGUUGCCCUGUGGGCAGACACACCCCUUCAGUGCCUGCACUUGUAUUGUCCUUGGCAUUGAAGCAUGGCCAGUGGUAGUGGGAUCAAGGGGAGGAGGUGGGUGCUAGAAAUCCUUGGGGCAGUUGGGGCAUGGACUGCCCGGGUCCUGGAGAGUGCCUCUAGAACUGGGCUCCCAUGCUAGCUCUGGGUCCGCCUCGCUCCCUGCCUGCCUUCCACCUACCUGACUCAGACCUGCCAGGAAUGCCCUGCCCCAGGGUCCUGAGUCCUGCUGGGUGAGCCCUUGCUCUGCCUGAGCCAUGCCAGGCAUGUGCGACUGGCCCUGGCUGGGGUCAGCAAGGGCAUGUCGACAGAAAGAAGCAUACCAACAGGCUCCUUGGGUGCUGACAGCCAGUGAAGGAGUCUUCAAGUGCCCUGAGGACCAGCUUCCUCUGGACUAUGCCAAGAUCUACCCAGACCCGGAGCUGGAAGUACAAGUAUUGGGCCUGCCUAUCCGCUGCAUCCACAGUGAGGAGGGCUGCCGCUGGAGUGGGCCACUACGUCAUCUACAGGGCCACCUGAAUACCUGCAGCUUCAACGUCAUUCCCUGCCCUAAUCGCUGCCCCAUGAAGCUGAGCCGCCGUGAUCUACCUGCGCACUUGCAGCACGACUGCCCCAAGCGGCGCCUCAAGUGCGAGUUUUGUGGCUGUGACUUCAGUGGGGAGGCCUAUGAGAGCCAUGAGGGUAUGUGCCCCCAGGAGAGUGUCUACUGUGAGAAUAAGUGUGGUGCCCGCAUGAUGCGGCGGCUGCUGGCCCAGCAUGCCACCUCUGAGUGCCCCAAGCGCACUCAGCCCUGCACCUACUGCACUAAGGAGUUCGUCUUUGACACCAUCCAGAGCCACCAGUACCAGUGCCCAAGGCUGCCUGUUUCCUGCCCCAACCAGUGUGGUGUGGGCACUGUGGCUCGGGAGGACCUGCCAGGCCAUCUGAAGGACAGCUGUAACACCGCCCUGGUGCUCUGUCCAUUCAAAGACUCCGGCUGCAAGCAUAGGUGCCCUAAGCUGGCAAUGGCACGGCAUGUGGACGAGAGUGUGAAGCCACAUCUGGCUAUGAUGUGUGCCCUGGUGAGCCGGCAACGGCAGGAGCUGCAGGAGCUUCGGCGAGAGCUGGAGGAGCUAUCAGUGGGCAGUGAUGGCGUGCUCAUCUGGAAGAUUGGCAGCUAUGGACGGCGGCUACAGGAGGCCAAGGCCAAGCCCAACCUUGAGUGCUUCAGCCCAGCCUUCUACACACAUAAGUAUGGUUACAAGCUGCAGGUGUCUGCAUUCCUCAAUGGCAAUGGCAGUGGCGAGGGCACACACCUCUCACUGUACAUUCGUGUGUUGCCUGGUGCCUUUGACAAUCUCCUUGAGUGGCCCUUUGCCCGCCGUGUCACCUUCUCCCUGCUGGAUCAGAGCGACCCUGGGCUGGCUAAACCACAGCACGUCACUGAGACCUUCCACCCCGACCCAAACUGGAAGAAUUUCCAGAAGCCGGGCACGUGGCGGGGCUCUCUGGAUGAGAGUUCUCUGGGCUUUGGUUAUCCCAAGUUCAUCUCCCACCAGGACAUUCGAAAGCGAAACUAUGUGCGGGAUGAUGCAGUCUUCAUCCGUGCUGCUGUUGAACUGCCCCGGAAGAUCCUCAGCUGAGUGCAGGCGGGGUUCGAGGGGAAAGGACGAUGGGGCAUGACCUCAGUCAGGCACUGGCUGAACUUGGAGAGGGGGCCGGACCCCCGUCAGCUGCUUCUGCUGCCUAGGUUCUGUUACCCCAUUCUCCCUCCCCCAACCACCACCCUCAGGUGCCUCCAAUUGGUGCUUCAGCCCUGACCCCUGUGGGAACAGGUCUUGGGGUCAUCAAGGGCUGGAAACGAGUGACCCCAGGGCCUGUCUCCCUUCUUGGGUAGGGCAGACAUGCCUUGGUGCCGGUCACACUCUACCCGGACUGAGGUGCCUGCUCAGGUGCUAUGUCCCAAGAGCCAUAGGGGGGUGGGAGUUGGGGAGGGAGAAAGGGUAGUUCAAAGAGUCUGUCUUGAGAUCUGAUUUUUCCCCCUUUCCCUAGCUGUGCCCUCUCUGGUUAUUUAUUUCCUUAGUGCCAGGAGGGCACAGCGGGGAUCCCUGAUUUUUAAUAAAUCCGGAAUUGUAUUUAUUAA